UCUGCUUUGCUGCUUGUUCGCUCAUUCGUCCCACCAAGCUUCAGACAGAGUACCUCUCCAUAACCACUGUCCUUCACCGUGACCUAGCUACCAAUGGAUAACAGGGACAACCUCUGGACCCGCCGCUCCAACACCAGCAAGCUCUCUCUGUCCACCUCGCAGUCCGACCACCAGUCCGACCACACUCCCACUCGCACAUUCUCCGCCACUGCAAAGCGCUUCGGCGGAGACACGUCGUCGCACGGCGGCCGCAAUCCUUUCAACGCCAUCUCGCCACUGACACCCGGUGCGCUCGCGUCGCCCACCACGGGGGGCUCCUCUGCCUUUGGGCUUGGGUCAGGUGCCUUUGCAUCUUUCGGGUCUGCUAAUAAGACCCCCAAGACGCCAGGCACCGCAUUCGACUUCAAGACUGCCGCAACGCCUGCAGCAGUACUCACAACACCGUCGGAGAAGAAGCCACCGAGCAAGAUUGUGAACAGCGCACGGAAGGAACCUGCCUCCACACCUGCGCCACAAGAGAAUACGACAAUGCCCUCAGAGCCGCUCGAUCCCAGCGCACCGUGGCCGCUGAAGUACUCAUGGGUCGUCUGGUUCCGCCCACCAACGCCCAAGAACAACGAUUAUGAAAAGUCUAUGAAACCUCUUUGUAGGAUGAGCACCGCCCAGGACUUCUGGAAGGUGUUCGUGCACCUCAAGCGGCCAUCGUCAUUACCCACAGUUUCAGAUUAUCACGUCUUCAAAGAAGGCAUUCGGCCUGUGUGGGAGGACGAGGAGAACAAACGCGGGGGAAAGUGGAUCAUGCGCCUGAAAAAGGGAGUUGCAGACCGCUAUUGGGAGGAGCUGCUCAUGGCCUGCAUCGGUGACCAGUUCAACGAGGCCGGGGAGGAAGUCUGUGGUUUUGUCCUCAGUGUUAGAAGCGGCGAGGACGUCUUCAGCAUCUGGACAAAAAACGAUGGUGGCCGCAACAUCAAGAUUAGGGAGACUGUCAAGCGUGUGCUCGGCCUUCCCGAAGGAACCCAAAUCAUCUGGCGUAGUCACGAUGACAGCAUUGCGCAACGCACUGCCAUCGACCAGGCACGCCAAGAGAAGAACCAGCUCAAUCACGAGAAGCGUCGAGUAACAUCGUCAGAUGAGGCACAGCGGGAGAAAUCCACAGCUGGGUCAUAAUCUAUGCUUCGAGUGUCGUCGUCUCGCCAUUGCUGACUAUGUGCUAGCUUGCCGUGGGACAGUCCGGUGCAUCUCAGUACAAGGCAACCUCAGAAGCGAUUCUACAACAAGUUUGAUCCAAAUCUCGGCGCAUGGCUGGAAAUCGCGAGGAACUCUACCAGCACGACUCCAGAAACGCUUAGGCAACCAGUUGGCGGAUCUGCCGCAAUGCCGUAGGGUCUAGCUGUGCCCGAGUAUUUUAACGCGUUGCGCCCACAC